AGCUGUGUUAGUGACGAGUUCCAAACUGCAUUAAGAUGAAGUGGAUAGUGUUAACAGUUGUUGUACUUCUUGGUUUGACCAAUGCAGAUGAAUUUUCCGAAGAGAGAGCAGUUCUUAGAAGGACCACCAGACAAUUUCUAGAGUCCUCGAAUGCUUUUGCAACUACUGAGAAUCAUAUUAUACGUUAUUGUAUGGACAAUGGACUAUCCUGUUGCGGCAAUUUUCAGGAUACUUAUAGUAAAAUGAAGACUUGUGUGUCCAACGCCAAAAUUUUUGAAAUUCCUAAAAAUGAAUUUAUUAGGAAAAUGGUUGAGUGCAGUUGGGCCGCAGUUAAAGAAACUAAAGAUUGUUUGCCUAAUCACCUAAAAUGUUUCCCAGAACUCGUUUUGGAUGUUGCAAAAUCGAUGGUUAAUUAUAUGUACGACGACAAAGAUCUAUUUAAAAAGUUAACAGUUCAUGAAUGCAUAUUGUCCUUUGAAUGGUACACAAAACCAAUUGAGAAUUGUAACUGCUUAACCACUACCUCCAGAGAAGAAUUCUGCAGAAACUCCAUACCAGCCACUGUGUGUUUCAGCAACAUAUAUAAACUGUGCAAGUACUACAAAGAUCAACGAUCUUCGAAUCAAAGUCUUCGACGACUACAGUAAUGCUAUCGCGUCUCCAUGUGGUCAACUAUAGGUGUUAAAGAAUCUAACUAUCUUUAAAUCCGAUCGAAAGUCCUGUAAAGGUUAUUGU